AUGAGUCUUCUGCCGCCGCUGCGAGGCGGCGGCCAGCUGCAAGGCCGCGUACUUCCAAGACAAUUUACGUUGCAUCGCAGACACUCAGGAUUCCCUCAGUCACGGACAUUGCGCUCGUCCAACACCCACAGUCUGCACCAGAAACUUCCACCGUCUCGCUCACCACCUCCAUCCCAGCUUCCACUGUUCGUGUGGUCUCCGGCUGCCGCGAGGGCGGCAGUAAGAAGUUCGUUGAAAUCCGCAAUGGCUACCACUCAAACCAGAGGCCAUGCUGGCCAUCACCACCAUCAUCACGACAAUGUUUACUUGACCUCUUCCAAUAAAAAGGAUGCCGGAGUACGGAUAACGCGAAUUGGCUUGCUUGUCAACUUGUCAAUGGCCAUUGGCAAGUUCAUCGGCGGCUACUUUUUCCAUUCGCAGGCGUUGAUAGCAGAUGCGUACCAUGCUUUAACAGACAUGGUCUCCGAUUUUAUGACCCUCAGUACCGUGGCCUGGUCCCUGAAACCUCCAACCGAGCGAUUCCCCAAUGGAUAUGGGAAAGUGGAGAGUUUAGGGGCCUUAGGUGUCAGCUCUUUGUUACUUGUUGGAGGUGCCCUGAUGGGGUUGGAUGCAGGCCAGGCUCUUCUGUCCCAAUUUGCUCCAGAGAUAUUCGAGGCGCUGGAGCGUGCCGGCCUUCUUGUUCAUGGUCAUUCGCAUAGUCAUGACCACGGAGCAGAAGUGCUCGGGCCGAACAUUAAUGCUGCCUGGCUAGCUGCAGGAUCUAUUGUGGUCAAGGAGUGGCUGUAUAGAGCUAAGCGGAAAUCUUCCGUACUGGCCUCGAACGCGGUCCACCAUCGAAUUGAUUCCCUCACGAGCAUCGUCGCCCUAGCUACGAUCGGUGGCGCACACAUAUUCUCCAAUGCGGCUUGGCUUGAUCCCGUCGGGGGUCUCAUCAUCUCCUUGAUGGUUAUCAACGCAGGGUGGACGAACACGAAAUCGGCCCUUUUAGAGCUCGCUGAUACUACAGUGGAUGAGGAGAUCAAAGACUCGGUUCGAAAGGCUGCUUUGAAAACAAUCACGCAGGCAUCCGGUGUGCAGGAUAUACAGAUUCGGGAUAUUCAAGGGCUCAAAUCCGGACAGAACUACCUCGUGGAUAUCGAAGUAGCGGUCGCAGGCUCUACGACUGUGCAACAGUCUCGACAGAUUGAGGAGCUGUUGCGCACUGGCGUUGGCGUGAAGGUUCGCGGAGUACGACGAGUCAAGGUUCGCAUCGUACCUCAAGAGGUGGAGCAUAUUGAUUUCGCCGAGGAAUUCAUUCCUGGUGAUGUGAGCUCUCGAGGAAGCCCCGAACCUGAAGAGCACGAACAUGAGUCGGGUCACCAGCACGAUGCCAACGGCCAAUCCGAAUUGCAUAAGCGACGUUGA